UUGUUUAAAGCUCUCUCUUAUUCUAUGAGCAUGACUUAACCUCCAAUUCAAAAAAUUUAUCAACCCAGCACGUGUGACAAUUAUUUACAGAAUCUUUAUAGUUUAUUACGUUUACGAUGUCAUUUUUUAUCAAGUCAAAGUCAAUUAACGGCACUGCUAAAUUUUCAGCAGAUAAACGCAGAAAACGGAGGGCUGAACCUGCCUCCAGUAAAAACGAGGAAGUGACCAGUAGCGAGGACGAAGACAGUGACCAUAAUCUAGCCGAAGAGUCGGAAGACGAGCAUGAGACGGCACAAGAAAAGAAGCUAAGGCUAGCCAAAGUUUACUUAGAGGAAAUUGAACGCGAAGAGCAAAGGCGGUUACAAGACAAGGAAGUUAGUAAAGAAGUUAUAUCAGAAAGGCUAAAAACAGAUCAUUUGAAACAAAUCGGGAAGUACAGAAUUACAAUUGCCGACAAGUAUCAAGGUGUAGACCAAAGUAAUUAUAAAGUUUUGAAAUGUCGCGAGCAACAAAAUACAAUUACGUGCCUCUGUUUAUCGUCGGACGAUAACUGGGUUUUUUCCGGCAGCAAAGACGGAAUUGUGGUUAAAUGGUCCCUUAAAGAAAAUAAAAAAUUUGGAAUUAUCCCGUUUGUUAAGGUAAACGUCGAACAAGUCAAAGGCCACACGGGCUGCAUCUACAGCAUAGCAAUUUCCACAGACAGCAAAUUUCUAGUUGUUGGCGAUUCUUCGAAUUUAAUUCAAGUGUGGGACCCCCAAACCCUGCAGCAUGUCUCAACCCUCAAAGGCCACAAAAAGCCAGUCACUGCCCUUUGCUUGAAACACAACAGUCACACCUUGUACUCAGCCAGUAGCGACAGAUCUGUGAGAGUUUGGACUUUGGACGAAAUGGCCUUUGUUGAGACGCUGUUCGGUCACCAAGACGGCAUCACUUCCAUUGACGUCCUCAACUCCGAUAAACCCCUCUCAAGCGGGGGCCGCGACGGCACUGUGAGACUGUGGAAAGUUAGCGAAGAGUCCCAGUUGAUUUUUAACGCCCAUCCCGGGAACAUCGACUGUGUUAAAUGGAUCAGUGACCAGUAUUUUGUCUCUGGGGGGGACGAUGGGCAAGUGAGUGUUUGGAGUUGCUUGAAAAAGAAGCCCAUCUCAUGUGUUAAAGCCGCACAUGGUGUUGACUCGAGCAAUAACCAGCCGUUUUGGAUAAGUGCCGUGGGGUCACACGUCCACAGCGAUGUCAUAGCGUCAGGGUCACAGGAUGGCUUCCUUAGGCUUUGGAAAUUGGAAAAUAAGUUUCUCCAAAUAACUAAGUUGUUUGAAAUACCAGUCCCUGGUUUUAUCAACGCGUUGGCGUUCACUUCAGAUGGGCGGAAACUGGUGGUCGGGGUCGGAAGGGACCACAGGUUAGGUAGGUGGAACACCGUUAAGUCGGCAGUAAACAGCAUACACGUAAUACCGUUGCAAAUAAACGAUUAAUUUAUA